AUGAUUGCCAGUCCGCUUCUUCUCGUAGCCCUGGCCGCGUACGCCACGGCCACACCCGUUGCCUCUGCUCCCGCGCCCGCGGCGACCGAAUGGACCGGGCUCACCAUUGCCGACGACGCCGUCAACUGGGACGGCAUUAGCAUGUCCGCCUACCGCGAUCCUUCCAAUUGGCAGCAAGACAGCAGCAACGAGACCGCCGUCACCGAGCGCGUCUCCCCGAACCCAGCCUCCGCCGCCGCCGCCGCCAAGGGCGGCGACGUCGGCAUCCUCUCGGGCCCCUGCUCGCAGGGCAGCUGCCCCGACUACAACGCGCGCUUCGACCUCGUCUACACCUUUACGGCCGUUCCGGUGCCCCCGAGCCCGGACUGCCCGGGCUGCCCGCCGCUGACCAUCUUCUCGUCCAACUCGGACAUUCGCGUCAACGACUGCGGGCAGUGCCUGCGCAAAAAAGUCGGCAGCAGCCUGGGGGGAUCCGUGCCGGGGGGCUGCUACGACUUCAAGGCGUGCGGCCGCGACCAGGUCAUUUGCGUCGACCCGGGCAAGUACCGCGCGCAUCGCGUCUGGAAGGACAAGGGCCACAAGACGUGCUACAAGAUGAAGGCGGACAGCCUGGGCGGCUGCGGGUUCGUCAAGUCGCGCAUCAUUGUCCACCCGGAGAAUGAGGUGCCUUGCAACUGGUAA